AUGCAUCCAGAAACUCAAUUAUCCUACGAUUCGCAGAAAGCUCUGAUCCGUCACAUGUCAACCGACCAGAGGUAAACCACUAUUGUACACUUCAAAAAAUCAAUCCAUUUCCAGACUGAAAACGUUGAAACGAAUUCGAUCGAAGAGCUGGAGGAUUGCGAACGGAGCGAUUCCGUGGAAGUUCGAUACUGUGGGCCUGUCGGGAAAGUGUUUGCAGUUGAAUGGAACGCGCUGGUAUCUCGAUUUUGUUUUUUCUGAGGAAAAUCCUAAUCCCAAUUCCAAUCCCAAUCCUGAGGAGCAGAAAAGUACGAGCCUUUUGUCCCAGUUCAUACAAUAAUCUCCAAUAUUCUUCAGGAUCCCGCCAGGCGGAUCGUCUCGUCGAGAACAAGACAAAAGUAAGAGUGUCACGUGGUGGCAUCAGCCGGGAGUACAUAGUCCCGUUAUGCCUGGCUGACGUCAUCAAACAGUGGAUGAGGAUGUACCUCCAGAACGGAACCGUCAUCCGAGACUUGAACGUGUCCGAUCUCACAGAGUCGGUGCCACGUGGCGCCAAAUGGAACGUCACCAAUUUUGUGGGUCUGAUGUUUAGUGGAUGGCAGUACGUGCACCCGGCCAUCAGGCACAAUCAACUCGAAACGGUCACCAUCUACCACAUGUUCAGUCAGGGUUAUUAUUUCAAAGAACCAAUGAUCCGUGGCGCCAAGAAGCUCGUGAUCAAUUGUGAAUUCAUUCCGACGCCCGACAAUACUCGAUUGGCGAUAGAAGGGCUCGAAGAUCUUCACUGUCAGCAGCUGCUCUUCGAGAACGGAGCUCCGGCGGAUGUGGUACUCAUCGGACUGGCAAUGGUCAGUUGGAAACGUUUGUCAGAGUAUGAAAUGUCAGUUUUCAGAAAUGGAUCGCUCAAAAACGAGCUGUCGGAACAAGUCUAAUCUUGCAUAAAGUGGACGUGGACGUUCUUCUCAGGCCGGGCUACAUAAUGCUGAUGCACUACAACGCAUUCUCCAGCCGAAUGAGAGAGGACCGAGAGUGAGUAGAUUCUCAGAUUCCUCCUUUCUUUGUGUUCUACAAAUAAGCUUCAGAUUCUUUCCGACAUUCACUCGUCCCAUCGACGACGCUUCGGAAUUGGUGAUAAAAGUGUCGAGACUAGGACAACCGGAGCAGGAAAACUUUCAGUUGGAGAUGAAGGUUCACCCGAAAGGAACUACGAUUCCACGCCCGGUUCGAAUUCCCAACUGAACACUUUCACUUUGUUUUCUGAGAAAAAUGCAUUAUUAUUAUUAUUAUUAUUAUUAUUAUUAUCAUUCUUGUGUGUUCGCGGGUUUUUGCUGUUGAAACGGGGAUAUUAAGGAAUAAAUAUGUGAACUUUCAAACUGUUUCCACAAUCGAGCAAUCCGUGAUGCCCCUACCCCGUCUCGUUUGUAUUCCGUCCAGGUGUGUAAGGUACGCAAACACUGGACUCUACGCGCAACGAUAACUCAUCCUUUCUCAUCUCAUUGUAAACGAGGUUCUCAACUGUUUUUAAGGUUUUUAAAUGUUGGUCAACUCGGAUAAUAAAAAAGGCCUGGUUUUUAACCUACAAUAUCAGUAGUAUCUGCAAAACUCUUCUCUGCAACUCUGCACUUUAAUAGAAAACUUACAAGAUUUCACAAUGUUACGCGCAGUUGUUUCAGGCUCAAAUGACUGCCAAUCGACCGGUCGCCUAUCAGGCAUUGAAAGCGAUUCUGGAGCAGUCGACGUUGGUGCAGAGGUGAGCUAUAUCAACCCUACAAUAGCUAUUAUCGUUUUCAGAAAGCAACUCGCUCGCCACAUUCCCUCCAUCCGACCUACCGACGCCGUCAUUCCUCUCGACCUGGACUCGGUCCAUUUCUACGAACUAGACUUUGAAGUCAACGAACAGAAAUGGGCGUUCGAAUGGAUUCGAGAGCAGAACGAUGACGUCAUUCAGUUCAUGCCCGGAGUGUGCGGACUGACCAUCAGUUCCCCCGGUCCGCGUAGGUUCCACAUGCGGGUUCAAUUGGAACCCCUUGCGGCCCUGGAAAAGCUGAUGAGAAGUUACCUGAGGAAGGGAACGCACGUGAAAACGGUGGUGCUUUGGUACAUCCCUGAUAAUCUUUCGGAUGACUAUAAAAUCAAAGUGGACAAAGUCAAGUUGGAGAAUUGCAACUACGAUAACUUCAAGAGACUGCUUCCGAUCAUUGAGCCGACGGAGCAGCUCAAGUCUAUCAAAUUUAUUGUCAGGCAGGAGACGUUGAAGAUGUUCGAGGAGCCAAUGGUACCGUGUUUUUUAAAAAAGUUACUAUAACCGUUUUCCGGUUUUGCAGGUAAUUAACAGUCAGAAGAUCCGUUUGCAGUUCCCCUACUACAACUCGCAACCGAUUGACAACAUUUUCCUGAAUCUUCAGAACCGCGAAAUCCACGUCAUCCACAUCAACUUUCCGAUUGCCGAAGUGCAGAAACUGGCUACGGUAGGUCAUGUCUCAUGUUGUAUAGUAAUAGAAAGUAAUAACAUUUUAGCAUUGGAUCCGAACCCAACGCGCAGUGGGCUCUAAAUUCUAUUUAUGGGUUGAGGAGUAUUCGUACGUGCUCGAUGUCAUGGAACUGAUGGCCACGGAAAUCGAGGCGAUUCCUUCGAGAGUUAAGGAACUAGGGUCAGUUUUUUCGUCCGGGACACUUUGCAACUAGAUGAAAUCCUUUCAGAAACAGUUACUUCGCUCACUGCGUUACCCUUCCAAUCAACGCUUGCUCCGAGUUGGUUAUCAACGGCGCCGGCAUGAAAUCCAAAUGGCCACCGUUCCGUUGGACGUUCAAAAUGGAAGUGAUGGCCAGAGGAUCGACCAUUCCCAAGUCGAAACCAGAGUAA